AUGGCAAGAAGCAAGGAAAAUCCUCAAGUUCUGCUUCUGGAGCAGAUUAUCAGAGCAUUUUGUAGGUUUUUCAAAGCCCAUAAAGCAGUUGGGUAUAAUCUUAGCCCAAAGAGCAGGAGAUAUUUUGCAUUUGAGGAUGAGAUGAUUGGUAGAUCAUGCAGCGCUCUUCCUCUGGAUGUCCCCAAAGGGCAUUGUGCAGUGUAUGUUGGUAUUGAAAGAAGUCGCUUUGUCAUCCCCACUGAUUACUUGAAUCAUUUUCUCUUCGGAGCAUUGCUAGAGAAAGCUGAGGAAGAGUAUGGGUUUGAUCAUCAAAUGGGUUUAACAAUCCCCUGUGAUGAAGUUGCCUUCAAAAAUUUGACAACGUGUUUAAGGUCACUCCGAAAUUAG